GCGGGGGGAAGAACGAGAGGGUGGUCGAGAUUUCAUCUUCCCUCAGGCGCCUCCUCCUCCUCCUCCCCGUCUCCUCCCCCUUUUGCUCGGCUGUAGUAGCGGUUGCUGCGCUCUGGGCUCUACGAGGCACCGAGGAGCCGCGCUGGUACUUGAGGGCUGGGCGAGGCGAGCAGCUGCGGCAGCAGCCCAGAGUCUUUUCGUUUUGUUUCUCACCAUCUCCCUCAGUCAAGCAACCGACCUAAGCAAGCAAGCAAGCCAGACGGGCGGGCGGGCGGGCGGGCGAGCAAGGAAAGACACUUGAACCGUUUCAAAAUGGCCCAUCCCUGAGGGAGAAGAAGCAAGAGCCAUCCUCGUGCACCAACCGCCGCCGAUUCAAAAAGAGAGAGAGAGAGAGAGAGGCGGCGACUACUUGGCGACGGCUUCGCUGAGGCGCUUUGUUGUUGGAAGUGUUGGCGAGUUGUCCCCCCCCCCCAUCAACCCUCCCCACCCGCUUUCUCCAAUGGUCCAAAGUGGCAUGUCCAAAUCGCCUCCCACUCCAGCAACGGCGGCGCAGGAGAUGCAGAUGGAGUUGCUGGACAACCCCCCGGCUCCAGUCCCGGCUGUGCAGUCUUACAGCAAAGGUGCAAGAAGAAAACACCGAUUCAAAGGUUCAGAUGGGAGUACAUCUUCUGACACUACCUCUAAUAGUUUUGUACGGCAGGGUUCGGCGGACUCCUACACUAGCCGUCCAUCUGAUUCAGAUGUAUCUCUUGAGGAAGACAGAGAGGCAGUGCGGAGAGAGGCAGAGCGACAGGCCCAGACGCAGCUGGAAAAGGCAAAGACAAAACCUGUUGCAUUUGCAGUCCGGACAAAUGUUAGCUACAGUGCAGCCCACGAGGAUGAUGUACCAGUCCCAGGCAUGGCCAUCUCAUUUGAAGCGAAAGAUUUUCUUCAUGUUAAAGAAAAAUUUAACAACGACUGGUGGAUAGGACGAUUGGUAAAAGAAGGCUGUGAAAUAGGAUUCAUACCAAGUCCAGUCAAAUUAGAAAAUAUGAGGCUGCAGCAUGAACAAAAGGCUAAACAAGGGAAAUUUUACUCCAGUAAAUCAGGAGGAAAUUCAUCAUCCAGUUUGGGUGACGUAGUACCUAGUUCCAGAAAGUCUACACCUCCAUCAUCUGCUAUAGACAUAGAUGCCACUGGUUUAGAUGCAGAAGAAAUUGAUAUUCCAGCAAACCAUCGCUCCCCCAAACCCAGUGCAAACAGUGUCACAUCACCCCACUCCAAAGAGAAAAGAAUGCCCUUCUUUAAGAAGACAGAACACAUCCCUCCGUAUGAUGUAGUGCCUUCUAUGCGACCAGUAGUCUUAGUGGGGCCUUCCUUAAAGGGAUAUGAGGUGACAGACAUGAUGCAAAAAGCAUUAUUUGAUUUUUUAAAACAUAGAUUCGAAGGGCGGAUAUCAAUCACACGGGUCACAGCAGACAUCUCGCUUGCCAAACGCUCAGUAUUAAACAAUCCCAGCAAGCAUGCGAUAAUAGAACGGUCCAAUACAAGGUCAAGUUUAGCUGAAGUUCAGAGUGAAAUUGAACGAAUAUUUGAAUUAGCAAGGACGUUACAGCUGGUAGUACUUGAUGCCGAUACUAUUAAUCAUCCAGCUCAACUUGGUAAAACCUCUCUGGCUCCCAUUAUAGUCUAUGUAAAGAUUACUUCUCCAAAGGUUUUACAAAGGUUGAUAAAAUCCCGAGGCAAAUCUCAGGCAAAGCACCUUAAUGUUCAAAUGGUAGCAGCUGAUAAACUGGCUCAGUGCCCUCCAGAAAUGUUUGAUGUGAUUCUGGACGAGAAUCAGCUUGAAGAUGCUUGCGAGCACCUGGCUGACUAUUUGGAAGCUUAUUGGAAGGCCACACACCCUGCUAGCAGCCACCCUCCUAAUGAGCUUCUCACUCGCACACUGGCAACCGCCACUCUUCCUAUCAACCCAGGCCCAAAUGUUAAUUUGCAGGGCUCUCAAGGAGAUCAGAGGAAUGAACAAUCAGCCCCUGAACGAACUGGUUCCCAAGCUGAAGAAGCAGCACGGGCCGAACCCACCAGGAAAUCUCAACACCGCUCUUCCACUUCAGGCCAUAACCAUCGUAGUGGAACUAGUCGUGGCCUGCCUAGACAAGAAACUUUUGACUCGGAAACACAAGACAGCAGAGAUUCAGCAUACGUAGAGCCAAAGGAGGAUUAUUCUCAUGAACACUAUGAUUCUCAUCGAGAUCACAGUCACAGGGAUGAGUCCCAUGGGAGCAGUGAUCACAGGCACCGAGAAUCAAGGCUUCGCUCAAAGGAAAAGGACCGAGAGCAGGACCAUAACGAAGGCAACAAGCAGCGUAGCCAUCAUAAAUCAAGGGACCAGUAUUGUGACAAGGAUGGGGAAGUGAUAUCUAAAAAACGCAAUGAUACAGCAGAAUGGAAACGAGAGGUGUACAGUCACCAAUAACGUUUGGCAGUUUUGUGUUUCUUUUGAAGUUGUGUAUGACAAAGCCCCACCCCACCCCCUUUUUAAAAAGAACAAAUCUGGGUUUUCAUUGCAGAACAUGUGGUAUUCUGUCUGCUGCUUUAAAAAAAUUGCUGUUGCUAUCACAGCAAUAGCAUGAAAUAGAAUAUUCAUUUUGAUUAGUGCUAUAACACAUUGGCAUAGUACAACUGCGAAAUCCCUGGUGUUGUACCAAGCUUUUCUCCCCCCAAAGCCGUUUUUGGUAGCUGCCACUUGAACAAUAUCUGUUGUCAUCAAGGUGUUGUUAGUGUUUUCAGACAAAAUACAAUUGGUGUUUAUUAACUUCCCAUGUUUUUCAGCAAGCCAAAAUCAGCACAUCCAAAACUGAAGCUCUCAUCCAUUUUGAUUUUUUUUAAUCGUUAGGCACCUAUUUUGCCAUUGAUUUGAGAGCCACUUUCUGUUGAUUGUACUUCUAGUGGACUACAUUUGGAGACAGAAUUCAGUUUUGCCUUACACACAGGGGAUCAUAAAGUCAAAAUCUCUUUUCUAUGUACUGGUACUGUGUACUGUAUAGACAGUUUAUAAAUGUUAUUUCUGCAAACACCUUCUUAUAUAAGAUUGACCACACUGUUUAAAGUCCUAAUGCCAAGUCAGCAGAUUUGCUUUUGAAUUACUGGCAACUGGAACUAGCCUCAUUCAGGAAAUUUGUUAACAAGGUUCACUCUAGACACACUUUCUUCAGUAGCAGAAAGCUUAUAUUUAGUGUAAAUAGGAGUACAUUAGGAUAAAAGGUUGGAUUGUCCUUGCAAACUUAAAAUCAUUUUUGCAUUUUUAAAUCUACAGCAAAAAUAAUGUGACACUAUAAAUGCUCUAAACAGGACACACUAAUUGCAGUGAGCACACAGAUAACGUUUUUUCUUGUCAACUUGAUAGGCCACAUUUGACAUGGUGCAAGUGUGUGUUUGUGUGUAAAACAAUUUAUGACAGGAGUGGUUGUAAAGGGUACACAGAAGACUCUAUAGGCAACCCAUAUGUUAUGAAUCAACCAUAAUUUCCACCUUUAGCUGCUCAGGUAUUACGAUUUGUACACACACACACACACAGUACAAUGUCAGGAAAACCUUAAUUGUACUUUCAUGAAAAGGGAUUCCCACACUUUCAAUACGCCCUCUUAUCGAAGGACUGCGUGAUCUUCCAGGCUUAGAUUUCAAGCACCACACUGGCCAUGGCAGCAGAGAACUCAUUUGAGCAGCUAAAUAUGGCAAUUGGGGCUGAAUCAUAGCACAUCAGUUGGUCCCGAGAAUGUAAUUAUUCCAAAAAUGAGUAAGGGUUUUCCUUCUGUCUGCAACUCUAAAGGUGCAAAUUGCAGGCAAGCAACAUGAGGAAGUUUAUGUCUACAGGUAAUUGGGAAAGCAUCAAUCUGCUGGCUCUUCGUUGAGGAUCCAGGAAAGUAAAAAACACAGGCAAAUGUGACUGAGUGUUUCACUGGAAAUGUAAAAUCUUUUUGUGUUUUAGAGUAUUUGUUUUAGUAAGAAAAGUUUACACUGCUUGUGGAGAGUUAUUUUGUUGGAAAAUAAAUUUUUGUAGCUUCUCCA